UUUUUUUCUGUUAUAUCACAUCAGUUGCUUGUAGAACAGAAGAAACACAGAUCAUUAAAAAUGACUCUUUUUUAUUUCCUCUUCCUUCGUCUUUAAAAAAAAAAAAACUUGGUAAAAUCUAGGGUUUUGUUGGCUUUGGAGCUUCCUCCUCUUGUUGUGUUGCCCAAAAUGGAUAUUGAUGUGCUCAAUGGUUGGGAGAGAUCAAGAUUUGAAGAUGGAACCGUAAUGCCACCUGGAUUUAGGUUUCAUCCAACUGAUGAAGAGCUCAUUACUUACUAUCUCCUCAAGAAAGUCCUUGACUCCAAUUUCUCAUGUGCGGCCAUUUCUCAAGUUGAUCUCAACAAGUGUGAGCCUUGGGAACUUCCUGAGAAAGCGAAGAUGGGAGAGAAGGAGUGGUACUUCUUCGCACUAAGAGAUAGGAAGUACCCAAGGGGACUGAGAACGAACAGAGCAACAGAAGCUGGUUAUUGGAAAGCAACUGGCAAAGACAGAGAGAUCAAAAGCUCAAAGACAAAAUCGCUUCUCGGGAUGAAGAAAACUCUCGUCUUUUACAAAGGCAGAGCUCCAAAAGGUGAGAAAAGCUGUUGGGUCAUGCACGAGUACCGCCUCGACGGCAAAUUCUCUUACCAUUACAUUACUUCCUCCGCUAAGGACGAAUGGGUUCUCUCUAAAGUUUGUCUGAAAAGCAGCGUAGUCAGUAGAGAGACGAAGCUGUUCUCUUCUUCCGUCGCCGGUGUCAGUUGCUCCUCUUCCGCCGGGUCUGUAAUUGCUCCGGUCAUUGAUACCUUUGCGACUGAGCACGUGUCCUGUUUCUCCAAUACCUCCUCCUCUGCAUCUCAUGCCGAUGCGAUCUUUCCUACGUACCUUCCCGCUCCACCACCAUCUCUGCCACGUCAACCUCGCAGCAUUGAUGAUGACGUGGGGUUUGGUCAGUUUAUGGGUCCGGGAUCUUCUGGACAGCUCAAUAUCGACGCAGCGUUCUUGCUGAAUCAACCUUCUCUGCCUCCGACGGUUCUUCCUCUUCCCCCUCAGUGGUACGAACUGUACAGUGGAGCCGCGGUGAGUAGCUGGCCGUUUGCUCUCUGAUGAUCAUCAUAGAUUCGUUUCUCAAGGAGAACAAAACUUUCGUUUAAUUAAUGGCGGCUUUGUGUUAGUCUCGAUUCGUGUCGUUAUCGCGUUAUGUUUAUUUUCGUGUUUGUAAUAUUUAUGCAUGAGUUUCUAUGUUAAGUACAUUGAAUUUCCUAAUUUCGUUUUCUUUGCAAG